UCUUUAUUUCCAAAACCUCCUCCAAAAAAAAAGACUUGUUAAAUAUAUGAAAAGAUUGUUCUGUUCCCAAACAUGAGACCACUAUCAUAUAUCUUAGAGCCAUUUCCAGUAGAUUCUCACUUCUUCAUCAUGGGGGCUUUCCUGCUCACUGUGACAGGUCAAGUUACGAUGGAUAUGGAAUCUACAUUUCAUCAACACCCAGCAAGUAAUGAAUCUGCGACUUGGCAUUCUGGGAGAUAUUGGCAGCCAAAGGGCAUUCCUACACCACAUCCUUGUGGAAAUUUCUCAUAUCCUCCUCCACCACAUGAUAAGAAGCGUACUGGCCCGCGACCUUGUCCUGUUUGCUAUGUCCCUGCGGAACAAGCAAUGGAUUCUAUGCCAACUUCAUUAUCAGUAUCGCCUGUCCUUAGGGAUCUAAAUUAUGUCAUUGAGGAAACCUCAGUCAAAACUGAAUUGGAAGGAGGCUCAACAUUUGGUGGACAUCCGACUCUGCAGCAGAGAAAUGAGUCCUUUGAUAUAAAAGAGUCAAUGACUGUGCAUUGUGGAUUUGUUAAGGGGAUGAAACCUGGACGUGGUACUCUGUUUGACAUUAAUGAUGCUGAUCUUCUUGAGAUGGAGCAAUGCCAUGGAAUAGUUGUUGCUUCGGCUAUAUUUGGAAAUUAUGAUAUAAUGCAACAUCCCAAAAAUAUAAGUGAAGCUACAAAGAGAAGUGCAUGCUUUUACAUGUUUGUGGAUGAAGAGACUGCAGCCUACAUAAACAACUCAACAGAACUGGACAGGACAAAAAGAGUCGGGCUGUGGAGAGUGGUUGUUGUCCGAAACCUUCCUUAUGAUGAUCCAAGGCGCAAUGGAAAGGUUCCCAAGCUUCUACUUCACAGACUUUUUCCUAAUAUACAAUAUUCAAUAUGGAUUGAUGGAAAGCUUGAGCUCGUUGUGGACCCCCAUCUUAUACUAGAGCGACUCUUGUGGCGUGAGAAUGCCACUUUUGCAAUCUCUAGGCAUUAUAAACGGUUUGAUGUUUUUGAGGAAGGAAAGGCUAAUAAAGCUGCUAAAAAAUAUGACAGUGCCUCCAUUGAUGCACAGCUCGAGUUUUAUAAAAGAGAGGGCUUGACUCACUAUUCUCCAGACAAGCUUCCUAUAACAAGUGAUGUCCCUGAAGGCUGUGUGAUAGUCAGAGAACAUAUCCCCAUAACCAACCUCUUCACAUGUCUAUGGUUCAACGAAGUUGAUCGUUUUACCCCAAGGGAUCAACUUAGUUUCAGCACUGUGAGGGACAAAAUAAUGGCUAUAGUAGAUUUGAAGCUCAACAUGUUUGAUGACUGUCAAAGACGUAACUUUGUUAAUCAGGUAUAUCAUAAAGAUGUGAUGCGACAAAAAAGCAGCCCUCCUCCACGACUAUCAUCUAAUAUUGAAUCACGUAGUAGUAAUUCACAAUCAGACAGGACCACAAGAUUUCAACCAGGGAAGCCAGUCAGGAAUGGGAGGUAUAAGAAACCACGUUCGAGAUGCCGACACUCAGGAAGAAAGACGUUUUAGAAAGAAGAAUUGUUCCAAUGCCAUCCUUUUCCUGUGCCAGGGGAAAUAAUAACCACAGGUCAAGGUGUUUGGCAAUUGCACUUCAGCAGGCUUGGAAUUGUUAAUAUUUAUUUUGUUUUGUUGUAAUUAUUAGCAGAUUCAGAAUAAACUGCAUACGAGAUGAUUAAAGGAAAACAAGUCUGU